GGGUUUAUAAGAAGAAAUAGGAACCUUUUCUCAAGCUGAAGACAAAGUAAAAGAAAACUGUAUCAUGUGUUAGAAUACUGAAGAGUGCAACUUCCUGGAUUAGUGUAUUUCUGGAUUGUAAAGCGAAAGAAAGAGACUGAAAAUGGGGAGAAAGAAAAUACAGAUCACAAGAAUAAUGGAUGAACGGAACAGACAGGUCACCUUUACAAAGAGGAAGUUUGGAUUAAUGAAGAAGGCAUAUGAGUUGAGUGUACUCUGUGACUGUGAAAUAGCACUCAUCAUUUUUAACAGCUCUAACAAACUCUUUCAGUACGCCAGCACUGAUAUGGACAAAGUUCUACUUAAAUACACAGAAUACAACGAGCCCCAUGAAAGCAGAACCAACUCAGAUAUUGUUGAGACCUUAAGAAAGAAAGGCCUUAAUGGUUGUGAGAGCCCUGAUGCAGACGAUUACUUUGAGCACAGUCCACUAUCGGAGGACAGAUUCAGCAAACUAAAUGAAGAUAGUGAUUUUAUUUUCAAGCGAGGCCCUCCUGGCCUGCCUGCUCAGAACUUCUCGAUGUCGGUUACAGUUCCAGUGUCCAAUCCCAACACUUUAACCUACAGUAACCCAGGGAGUUCCCUCGUAUCCCCAUCCCUGGCAGCCAGUUCAUCGUUAACGGACACGACCAUGCUCUCCCCUCCUCAGACCACCCUGCACCGGAACGUAUCGCCUGGGGCCCCGCAGAGACCACCGAGUACUGGCAACGCAGGUGGAAUGCUGGGGACAACUGACCUCACAGUGCCAAAUGGAGCUGGUACCAGUCCAGUUGGAAAUGGGUUUGUGAAUUCCCGAGCUUCACCAAGUCUACUGGGAACUACUGGUGGUGGGAAUGGCUUAGGCAAAGUCAUGCCUACAAAGUCUCCGCCUCCACCUGGAGGAGGUAAUCUUGGAAUGAACAGUCGCAAACCCGACCUCCGUGUUGUCAUCCCUCCCUCCAGCAAGGGUAUGAUGCCACCACUGUCGGAGGAGGAUGAAUUGGAGUUGAAUACCCAAAGGAUAAGUAGUUCUCAGUCUACACAGCCUCUCGCUACCCCUGUGGUGUCUGUGACGACUCCGAGCUUGCCGCCGCAGGGAUUGGUGUAUUCGGCCAUGCCGACCGCCUACAACACUGAUUACUCCUUGACCAGUGCAGACCUGACAGCCCUGCAGGGAUUUAACUCCCCGGGGAUGCUGUCCCUGGGGCAGGUGUCUGCCUGGCAACAGCACCAUCUCGCUCCCGCAGCCCUCAGCUCUCUCGUUACUGGCAGCCAGCUAUCUCAGGGUUCAAAUUUAUCCAUUAAUACCAACCAAAACAUCAACAUAAAAUCCGAACCAAUUUCACCUCCCCGGGACCGUGUCACGCCCUCUGGGUUCCCGCAGCAGCAGGCGCCGCAGCCGCCGCCGUCGCGGCAGGAGAUGGGCCGCUCUCCCGUCGACAGCCUCAGCAGCUCCAGCAGCUCCUACGACGGCAGCGAUCGGGAGGACCCCAGAAGCGAUUUCCAUUCCCCCGUCGUGCUGGGAAGGCCACCGAACGCGGAAGAUCGAGAGAGUCCAUCGGUAAAACGGAUGAGGAUGGACACGUGGGUGACAUAAACGCGCAGUGUCGCCUCUUCGGUUUUGCGUUCUCGAAACGAACUGUCCUGACAUAUCGAAAUUUAUAAAUAAGGACAUGAAACAGUAUAUUUAUAUGUAUAUACAUACGUGCAUAUAUAUAUCGUCACUCGCGUAUAUAUGUGCUAGUGUGUGUAGCAUACAGAGAAUCAUCAGGCACUUACGACAAACGUCUUGUAUCGCUGCAGCUGUCCCCUGGUAAAACGUAACGGAACAAUCCUGUAGGUAUCGGUCUAGCCCGGCACGUCCCUGGACUCGUCGUUUUCAGAAUAUACCCCGUUGUGCAGAGCAGCGUUGUACCCGCAUUGUAACCCCUCCGCGCUAGAUUGCCGAAAGCGAGAGGGCUCGCCUGUAGUAACGUCCCUGUGUGUUUUACUCGAGCUGUAUGGUUCCUCGUAGUUAAGAAAUAAUGCUUUGUAGCAGCAGAGCAGUAGAGCAGCAGGAAGAAGAAAGCAAUACUGUACAUAAACUGACCUUGGUAUCACCCAACCUGGCAUGGGUCUCUGUCGCAGAGGGUGCAUGGAGAAGGGCUGAUGCUGUAAGAAAUACAACAAAACAAAAACCCUGUUUUGCACGUGCAAAAAAAGUAGUGUAUUGGGUCAAAGAAGUGAUUUUUUUAACGAGUGAGAGAGAGACAUAGAGAACUCGCAUGAAAUACUCAGAAAAUAUUAGCCUAGAAAAUAGAACGUUAACAAAGUAAAAUUAAUAUAUUAAGUUAUAAUUGGGAUAUGUUUGACAAAUUUGUUUUUACGUUCGUACCUUUGAAAACUAUAGAAACGGAUUUUAGCUCCUGUAUAUUUUAUAUUAAAGAAAACAAUACCCUAAUGAAUUGAAGACUAUAUAUAAAGUUAUAUACAGUACUUUUGAACACAUUCUGCUAUGAAUUAUUUAUAUAAGCCAAAGCUGUAUGUUGUAGCUUUUUUGUAGAGUAUAGUUUUAUCUUAUUUUGACUUUCUAGUUUUUGCUUUCAGAGAUGAAAAGGAAAAACUUGCAGGCGGAACCUUGGGGGAAAAAUAAGCCAUGAACACUUAUAUGUAAAUUUAAAUUUGAGCCAAACUCUUUGUGUAUAUAGCAUCCUAAAUAUAUUAUCACCUUUGGUGUAAGUACCUACGUAUUGUACGGUCACCAGAUUAAAAAGUAUAUUUUUGUGGAUUGACGCCGACUUGAAGAAAGGCGAGGUCCUUAUUAAGUAGAGUAUUCACUGUUUAAUAUUUACUAUUUUGUUAAAUAUACUGUACUUUCUUUGGAUUUUAAUUAUUAUUAAUAUUAUUAUCCAGAUUUUUCAGAGGGUGUAUAAAGGGGUUGUCCCCCUCACUGGUGGUGAAUGUGUGCCGUUAAAUUGUAAUCGCUGUGCUGUAUGGUUAAGCUUCAUUAUACAUUUUAUAUAUAUGUAUAUAAAUAGCAAAGUGGCAAAAAAACCCAAAUCCGGUGUUAAGUUCAUCCUGCAUAAAUACAAACAAUCUGUUCCGACACGUUUUAAGGCAUCGGUUUAAAGCU